UGGAAAUCGGACUCCUCUAUGUUGAAGCCUUUCCUGAGCAAAAAUGCCACUACUCGCUUUCGCGCGUUGUUCGGUUUCGUGCUGGACUGGAGUGACUUUCCGAAUGUGGUUGUGAGUGGAGUAGAUGAUGACAGCAGGAGAGGCCUAUCUCAACUUCUGCCAAUUUCGAGUAGAAAGGAGCUCGAAAUCGGCGAUCAGCUCCUCUUCUGCGGCGGCACCGUUGACCGGAUUACCCUUAUCGGGACUUGGUUGCAAGUAGAUAAUGUCCCUAGUGAGAAGUUGCUAGGAGGAGGUACGACGAGUAGGCCGACACCAGAAUUGGCAUUAUUGCAUCACAUGCGAAAACGUAUAGAUUCUGGGAAGCCAAUUUCCUUUGGCUUCGUGCGCAAGGAUAUGCGUCACAAAUACCUGCAAGUGGAUUACACGAAAAUGAUGGAGGAGCAAGAAAAUGCGGUGGCACACGCAGAAGAGAUGGCUGCGAAAAAACACAAAACUGACUCUGUUACGGCUUUGGUACUCGUGCUAGUCUUUCAAGAUAAUCAAUAUCACGAGGCAAGGUAUUAAUCAACAUCUCAUUCAAGAUAAAGAAAUGAAACUACGUACAGUCAUUGCGAUCUCGCUAAUUCCUUCCAAGACACUCUCGGUUUCCAAGUCGACGAGCAUUGUAUCACGCCGUAUUUGCCGAUUGUAUCAGUGGCGCCGAACAGUGUCGCGAGCGAUUUCCUUGAUCUCGCACCAGGCGACUUGAUUAUCGCAGUCGACGACCUUUUCACUGCGGACGGAGAUAAACACCAUGACUAUCGCGCAAAAGCACUGCUAAAACUGCAGAAAAGGAAACGAAUCUUAGCGGGAAGACCAAGCAGCGGGAACAAGACGGGAGUUAUGAUUCUCCCUUAUCUAGAUGGAAGAUUCACAGUUGACAUUCUCCCUUAUCUAUGAUCAACAAGAACACAAUCACAAGAUCAGUGACCUCUACGGACAACUUCUUACACUAUAUUCUCCGUUAUCUAGUUCUAGAUGGAAGAUUGACAGUUGUCCUUCUGUUUUGGUCAAAGACACAGGAAGAUGAUACUCACUUAUCAGUAUACAAAGGAGAGUGAUAGGAAAGCAGAAAGAUGCUAUGAGUUGGCAAUAGUGAGUAAUUGUUGUAAUAUUAGAGUAAUAUUACUAUUAGAGUAAUAUAUAUUAGAGUAAUAUUAGAGUGAUUACUACUUUUCUAGGUUUUUUCGUUUCGCUCUAACCAGCAUGAAGAAGUCCGUCAUCUCCUAUUCCGUAGAGCAGCGGCGUGGACUGACCGCGAACUCGACCAUAGAAGUAGAGACUUUGCUCCAAAAGCAAUCGCAGCUGGCACCACUGGCAGGACACUUCCCAAAGGCUGGCUAGAAGCGUCCCAAAAAGCUCAAAAAGAAUGUGAAGAAUUCUUCCAAGAUUUGGGUCUCUUCAAGAUGAACAUCGAAGAAGCGAAACUGGUUGUGAACGAAACUGGUACAGAUCAUGGUCGUGGUGCUUCGUCUUCAAGACAACAAAAAUCACCACCAAAGAAGGGUCGUUUCCUAUUCCACAUUCUAGCCAAGUGUCACGACAUGUUGGAUGUAGGCCUUUACGGAUGGUCCCAGACUAAGUUCAGUGUGCCAGAUGCGGUGAAGACGUUCAAUUCCCGUACUCGUUUUGCUUACCUUUUUGGUUUUGACUUGGACUGGUCCGCUUUCCCUCUUGUGCGAGUGUCGGAAGUGUUGUCCUACGCCUACCCGUUCGAGGGGAAGAAACCUAGUCGAGCAGUGCGAAAUGGGGUCGCGGUAGGAGAUAUAUUGAUCUUAUGAAAAAUCAAAAUGACAAUGCAGUACAUAUGAUAUUGUAGUGUGAAUGACUUCUAUGACAACAUCACCGGACUGCUGCCCCGCACGAUUAAAGAUCCACUUCUUCAGAGUCAGACAUUCACUUUCUAGUGAAUGCUGCAAAAGAAUAUACUGGCUUUGGUCACUCUAUUAGAAAUCUCGCAUCAUCUGCUUCGCCUCUAACCCCCAUCUGCGGUGGUUCCGCAGACCGGAUGACUAUGGUACCUACAUGGGCAACGAAAGACUCGGCAGACCCUUUUUCUGUGCUUCUGGCACGCAUGCAGACCCGUCUCGACAGCCAGAAACCGCUGUCGUUCCUGUUUUUGAAGGAGCAAAAGGCGAAGGAAUUGAGACAAGUGGUGAUUGACAAUGUAGAGACAGCGAAUUAUUCACUUCAGAAGGAUUAUUCGUUUUACAGAGGCAAGCCUUCUGGAGGACCUAGAGCAGAGACGAACAACCAGAUCUUGCUGUUUGCUGAUGAAAAAGGCAAGGAGUUUUUAUCUGAAGAAGGGCAAGACGAGCAGGAAGACGUAGCGGAAACGUUUCAGAGAAAGCUAAAGGAGAUAGUAGCAGCAUCUUCAUCUCCAACUUCACCAGACAACAGGAAGGGCAAUAAGCCAGUUUUGUACGUUUUACUGCGUUGUCCUAUUAAUCCUGAGCAGGACAUGUUAGCUGACAGUCCUCCUGAUGCAGACAUUUCUCGUGCAUUGAAUCCUGUAUGGGUGCAAGCGUUGGAGAACAUGAAGCUACCAGCAAUAGUGGAAGAGGAGAAGGAAGAAAACAAACCUGCCACAUCAGAAAAACAGCUUAUUGCCAGUGCCUCUGCAGGGAAGGAGUCAUCUCUUCAGAAAGGACCACAAGAAUCACGAGAACAACCAAAAAAGCGCAAAACUGUUGAUAUCGAACAUCUGUUACAGCGUGAAGAUCGCUUCCUUCAUGCACAACUUGACUACAAACCAGGAGCCAAUAUUUAAGGCUCAACUUUCAUUGGUCACCAUUUGAUUUAGAUUGGGCUUUGCUUUCUUGAAGGGGUUGAAGGGGGUCGGUCUCUUCCGUUCCGCAUCAGUGACCACUGACUGCUGACCUUUAAAAUAUGCCGCAUUAUCAUGUUGUUGCGAUGUCGCCUUCCACUCGUGGGGGUCCUGGGCAGGACCAGGAGAAUAAAGGGCAACCGGGCGAGCAGGGCGAGCUAAAUACGCACCGAGACGAAACAAAAUCACCGAAAGCGAUUGACAAAAACAAGGAUGUUGAAGAGCUACCUAAAAUUCCAAGACGCUCAACCUCCCGAUCGCCGGCUGCAUCAGCGCGUGGUCGUGCUUCUGUGAGCAGGACGCAAUCACCACGACCUGACAAAGAAAGCGAUAACGUAGAUGUUGCUAGAAACAGAAAGAGUACUAGUAGUCGUCGUCCUCAACAAAAUACAAAUAGUACCUUGACUUGGCACGCACUGGCGCAGCUGGCACAAGAAGCAGCACUAGCACAAUACAAUCACGUCAAUAUUUCGAGUAGUACGAAGGACGACAACAACAUGUCUUCAUCUACUUCAAUGAAGAUUCCGAACAAGAAGACUGUAACCCGUUCGAUUAAGGCUCGCACAGUUUUUCACCGUGUGUAUGUUCCUUCUGUACCCAUAUCAAGUUGCCAGGAGUGGUCAUAUCAUUACCCGGACUCUAGUUGUGUCUGAGUCGAGUAGCACCCUGAUGAACCAUCAUUACCCGGACUCUAGUGGUGUCUGAGUCGAGUAGCACCCUGAUGAUCACUUUCAUCAUCAUGCUCUAACAUCAAGAAAAACCUGAUCCAUACGAAAACGAUAAAGCGUCUACUCCAAGAGCGAAAUCGUGGGGGUCGUACGUGGGAAGAGGAAAAAAACCGUUGCCCAGCCUUAGCAGAUGCCAUGCUGUUGGAUGUGAUGAUGUGUUGAGCAGAUACUUCUGGUCCUGGUGCUAUUAAACGUGCCCAUAUGUUGAUUUAAAUGAAGAGGCUGCAUAGACCGAAGAAGAUGAAAGUAAGUUAACUACUUGAAAAGUUUGCCGAUAGUACAACAGAAUGACUAUCUUCUAAGACGUAGUGAUGAUGAUAAAAGGCUUUCUACGAGAAGACUUCUAGAAAAUGCGUCACCGUCUUUUAUGGAUGGUCUUUUUAGAAAUCGUGUU